UUUCAGGCGGGACUGUAAUCCUCGGCUCGGCCAGCGACUUGUUCGCCCUUCGCUUGCUUGUUGCCGCUUCCGCUUCCGGUAGCAGGUAGCGGCUUUCUGUCCUAGGUGGCUAUGGCGGGGAGCCGGCUGGAAACGGUGGGGAGCGUGUUCUCCCGGACGCGGGAUCUGAUGCGGGCCGGUGUGUUGAAGGAGAAACCACUGUGGUUUGACAUAUAUAAGGCCUUCCCACCUCUGAGAGAACCUGUCUUCCAAAGGCACCGUUUGCGAUAUGGCAAAGCCAAAGCUUCUAUCCAGGACAUCUUUUACCAUGAGGAUCAGAUUCGAGCGAAAUUCUUUUCAGCCUAUGGAUCUGGUCACAAAGCUUUUGAUCUGUUCAACCCAAACUUCAAGUCUACCUGUCAGCGGUUUGUGGAGAAAUACAUGGAGCUGCAGAACCUCGGAGAAACAGAUGAAGAGAAGUUGUUUGUGGAAACGGGGAAGGCUUUGUUGGCAGAAGGUGUCAUUUUAAGACGAGUAAGAGAAGCAAGGACUGUCAAUGUAAGACCCCAAGCUUCAUCAGAAGGAAACCAGCCCCAGGAGGAAGAUGCCCAGGAGCAGCAGGCGCAGGCGCAGCAGGAGCCAAAGACGGCCCUCUCCCCUCCCUGAGGCCCGCUGUGGCUGGACUAA